GAGAAGAAUUCGCAUUCAUUUUUAGGGGUUUUUACGCCGCUGGGGUCGACGCAGUGACAGUGAACGCACCGCGAUGCUUUUGGGUUCACGGGUAAAUUCGGGAAGAAUUCUUAACGGCUCAGGCUUAUCCGCGGACACCCUCGGGUCGGGGUCCUUCCAUGAAACCAAAUUUUCCUGACGCGACUUAUUCUUUUUUUUUUUUUUCUUCCUUUGCACAUUAAUCUUGUUAUGAAUGAAGACGCGGACUAAAGUGUCCGGAUAUUUCAGGUCUCCCAGAGAAGUAAUGUGACCGCGUCGGUGUUCACGCGUGUCCCGGAGCAGAUCGUCGGACUGUCGGAGGAUACGAAAAAAGAAAACAAUAAUAAUGACUUGAUAUCAGCUCAACACAUACCGCUAACGAUCUUUGGACAAAUAGGACUUGGUGACAUUCAUCUAGGGGGGAAAAACAUAGGUAAAAGAUCAACGCGAGCACCAUUUCCGGGUUCGUGACAUCGGCGAUAGUGGAGCGGGACGUCGGCGCGCGGGGCGCCGGGAGUGGAGCGGUGUCGGUUUCCAUCCUACCGGGGCUCGUGGACGACGGCAUGGCGGCGGGGAAGGGAGCCGGGAAGCCCGCGUCGCUGUGGGACAACAUGCGCGUACGGUUCGCCGUCUGCUUCCUCGGAGUCUUCGUGUGCUACUUUUAUUACGGAAUACUACAAGAGACCAUCACCCGGGGGGAUUACGGCGAAGGAGACCAGAAGGAGAAGUUCAUAUUCGCGCGGACGUUGGUCUUCAUACAGUGCAUCAUCAAUUCUCUGUUUGCUAAGAUAUUGAUCCAGUUUUUCGAGGGCUCCAAACCGGAUCAUACCAAGAGCUGGCUCUAUGUGCUGUGCUCCCUCUCUUACCUGGGAGCGAUGGUGUCCAGCAACUCUGCCCUUCUGUAUGUUAACUACCCAACACAGGUAUUGGGGAAAUCCUGCAAGCCCAUACCAGUGAUGCUCCUCGGAGUGACCAUACUGAGGAAGAGGUACCCGCUGGCUAAGUACUUGUGUGUGCUGCUGAUUGUGAGCGGCGUGGCGCUGUUCCUCUACAAACCCAACAGGAGCUCCGCUGUGGCCGACGGCCCCGCCUUCGGCUUUGGAGAGAUUCUGCUGCUGGUGUCUUUGACGUUGGACGGUUUGACCGGCGUGGCACAGGACCACAUGAGGUCUCGCUUCCAGGCGAGUGCCAACCACAUGAUGCUGAACAUCAACAUGUGGUCCACCCUGGUGCUGGGAGCAGCUGUGUUGUGGACGGGAGAGAUAUGGGAUUUCGUGAGUUUUACUGAACGCAACCCGAGCAUCUUCUACAACAUUCUUCUGUUUGGACUGACCAGCGCUUUAGGGCAGACCUUCAUCUUUAUGACGGUGGUUUACUUCGGGCCUCUGACCUGCUCCAUCGUCACCACCACUAGGAAGUUCUUCACCAUCCUCGGCUCCGUCCUCCUGUUCGGCAAUGUCAUGAGUCAGAUGCAGUGGGUCGGCACCAUCCUGGUGUUCCUGGGUCUUGGAAUGGACGCAAAAUUCGGCAAGACCCCGAAGAAGACGACGCACUAAAACGAUCCGAAGAAGGCAGAAAACAUUGCAGAGCAAAAUGCAAACAUUCUGUAGCCAGUAUCUUUAUUUUCAUAAGACAUCAUGAAACAGGCGUAUGGUGCAGUCAAACUUUAUAACUUAACUGUAUUUAAAAGAGAGGUGGGGGAGUAGUUUUCAUCGGAGCGUCUUUCAUGUACUGUUAAUAUACUGUUAAGAAAGUUUUCUCAGGAUCAAGUUCUGAAUGAGCGCACAAGCUACGAUGGUUCUGUGAAAGAAUGUGGACCGAUUGAAAGUUGUGGCAGGAAAAUGAUGUACUUGAACCAUUCAAAGUCCAAGAAACAUAUUUCAGCAUUUAAAUCAUGAAGUCGCCACCGAAUAUGGCUCGAUCGACUAAUCUGUUGCUUGAUUAUCACACAUGUAGACUAAUUUCUUGGCCAACAAUUAGCCAAGCCUCACGCCAUUUAUAAAAAAAAAUCGGUAUAUGAAUGAUAUUGUUCUGUCCAAUGUUGCUAUUGAAUUGUUUUUACUUUUUAUUUUCUACACAUUGAAAUUAACUUGCCAUAAAAAGGGAAACUUGUGAUAUUU